AAAUUAAAAAGUAAAAAAACAAAUAUGGACGUUGGAAUGGCGUCAUAAAUAGUUAAUGACGUUGUUUAUUAUUUUAUGCUGGGUAUUUUAAUUAACACUCGACUUAAAAUCUGCUUUGUGGUGUUUUGUAAAAUGUGACUACUGCGUGGUUAACUAGAAUGGACUGUUUUCGACUAUGUAUUAAUUUUGCGUAGUAAUCAAAAUGUCAAACAAUACUGUCGGCUCUUCGGGACAUGCUCCCGGCAAAAUACGUGGACCUGGAAGACCUCCAAAACGAACUUGUACUUGGUGUGGCGAAAGUAAAACACCACUAAAGUAUGUAUUGCCUACUGAAAAUAGUAAAAAGGAGUUUUGUUCAGAGACUUGUCUCUCUGAAUUCCGACAGGCUUACAGCAAAGGUGCCUGUCUACACUGCGACAAUGUUAUUCGCGGCAAUGCCCCUUCGAACAAAAACUUUUGCUCUACAUACUGUCUGAAUAAAUAUCAAAAGAAAAACGAGAAGAGAACUACGUCCCCUCAGUCUGGUAAUGGAGCUAAUGGUACUGAAAGUAAUUCAAACAAUAAUUCUACCACAUACUACGAUUUAUAUCAAUCUUUCGAUUGGACUGAAUAUAUGAAAGAAACAAGUAGUGUAGCUGCUCCUGAUGAAUGUUUUAAGCAGGCUCCUUUACCUCCUGUCAAUGAUUUCAAAGUGAAUAUGAAAUUAGAAGCAUUAGAUCCUCGUAAUUUGACAUCAACCUGUAUAGCUACUGUAGUGGGUGUGUUAGGGCCCAGGCUAAGAUUAAGGCUUGAUGGUAGUGACAACAAAAAUGACUUUUGGAGGCUUGUGGAUGCAGGAGAUAUUCAUACAAUUGGACAUUGUGAAAAAAAUGAUGGUAUGUUACAGCCUCCACUAGGAUUUCGCAUGAAUGCUAGUAGUUGGCCUAUGUUUUUGCUCAAAACUCUUAAUGGAGCUGACAUGGCUCCCUCAAAAGUGUUUCAGCCUGAACCACCCACACCAAAGACUAACUUAUUUGUUGUUGGUCAAAAAUUAGAGGCUGUUGAUAAAAAGAAUCCGCAGUUGAUUUGUUGUGCAACAGUGGGGGCAGUUAAAAAUGACCAGAUUCAUGUGACAUUUGAUGGAUGGAGAGGUGCAUUUGAUUACUGGUGUAGGUACGACUCCCGGGAUAUAUUCCCAGUAGGCUGGUGUGCCCGAGCUGGGCAUCCUUUACAGCCUCCAGGUCAAAAGAAUGCAACUACACCAACUAGAUUUAAGUUACGCCCAAGUGGUAUACCAAAUCCUGCUUUACCAGAAGGAGGCUCUACCGGUAAUAACAAUACUGGAACUACCAACUCUGGUACAUCUAGUCCUGUGCCCAACAUUUGUCUACACAUUCGUAGUAGUUGCCAAGGGGGAAGUCCCAAUUUACCCACCUCUGUCAAUGGAAUUGGUGCUUCAGGGGCGGCAGAAACUCUUGUCAAGGAGCUACUAAGUUCUCAUCCUGACCCACAGAAAUUAACCAGGGCUAUUCUCACAGCCUCGAGUAGCUAUUCUAAUAUUACUAAUGUACAGGUUUCAUCGGGAAGUAAGAACUAUUCUGUAAAAGUUCCGUCAGAUUUAAGUAGAGAUGAGUUGAAGAACUGGGUGAAGGCAGUGUGUGGAGGUGCCGGGUGGUGUGUGGGGUUGGUGGAAGUAGACACGGGAGAGGCAGCCGUGAGGCCUUGUACCCUCUGUGGGGAAUCUACUUCUAAUGUGGCACCUGUUAAGAGGACCAAAGCUCAGGAAGGCAGCAAAGUGAAUGGUGAAGGGCCAGGUGCGAAGUUAGCCCGGGUGUCCCCCGAGAGGCCGGAGCCAGCUUCAUCGACCACGGGUGCUCCGCCCCCUCCCCCCGCAGCCCUGGCGCCACCCGACUGGUCCGUGGAAGACGUCAUUGGGUUCAUCGCAGCGGCUGAUCAGGCGCUGGCCGCUCAUGCCGACUUAUUUAGGAAACAUGAAAUUGACGGCAAGGCCCUUCUGCUCCUGAAUUCGGAUAUGAUGAUGAAGUACAUGGGGCUGAAACUCGGUCCCGCUCUCAAGAUAUGCAACCUCGUCUCAAAGGUUCGCAACCGACGACAUUUCAACGCCUAGUUGGUCGUUUUGGUCAUUUUUAAGUUAUUUUGCCACUUUAACACAAAACAUACAUUUUUCAAUCUUACUUUCGGUCACUUCGUGUGGUUAAACGCAGUCUGAGGUAUUAAUCAAAUAAGCUAAAGUAAUUUCGCGGUUAAAAUUCCGCAGUUAAACCUUAGCGGAUUUGCCAGAUUGGAAAAUACCUGGCAUCGACUUAAUGUUUACAAAUGUAAUUUUUUUUUCACAUGAAUAUUUAAUUAAGUUACAGCAAACUAUUUGUUGUCAAAUCUCAAGCCUGUAUUACGGAACUAGACUUAAGUUUGGUUAACGUUUGGAAAGCUGAAGGAGAAGAUUGUCAGUUUAAUAUAUUAAUUUAAUACAAGCCACAAUUAAUGAUAUAUUAUCUUUUUGGAAAUAAAUAACAAAAAAUUAAAUAAUUUUUUAGUUAGUAAAUCCAUUGUAUAUUUGAUUUGCAUAAUCGUUAAACUAUUAGUUAUCAAAUCUGUUAAAUGAUAUAGUAUCUUUGCUCCUCUCAACAGGAACUACUAAAAUUCUACCCAUAAAUUCCAAUUAGUCUAUUCUAUUCAAGCCCUAAGCUCUAAUAUUUCUUGAUUAUUUAUUAUUAAACUAAGAAUAUUUAGUUGUUAUUAAUAAUAACUAAAUCAGUCUUAUAACACUGCUCAUUAUUAUUAAAGUUUUUUGUAUGGAUAAACUAAACGGAGGCUCGGAUACUGCAAAUAACAUAUAAUAUACAAAUUUUUGACUAAAAAACAAAUGAAUGCUUGAAUUAAACAGUGUAAUAAGAUUGAUUUAGUCUUAGUUUAAUAUAAAUCAGUUUAGAUCUGCUCUCCUUUCCACAGUUCGUAUCAAGAUAUACAAAGUAUAUUUGAUAUCCAAAUUUUCUAUGUAAAUAUAGGCGUGUAUAUAUUUCGUAUGAGUGAAAAUGCAUUUAAUGUGUGCUCACAGUAAUCGGGUUCGAUUUCUGAGAGAUAAAGAAUAUAUAAUAUUUCUUUAUUUAGUUUAGGUUUUGGGCCUAUUGUUUUCUUAGUCGCAAAUAAAGUAUUGUUUGACCUAUUUUUAGUAUAGCGUCGGCCAUUUGAUGUAUGAUUAGAAUAGUUUGCCAAUUCCUCGCGUGUCUCGGUAUAAUUGCCCGCUCGAUAUCAAGGCGCAUUGUAUUUCUAAUGUCAAGUUUAAAAUAAGACUUUCCUUUUUUCCGCUGUUUUCAUGCAUUUCAAUACAUCACUUGCCUUUUAUAUGAGACAUAUAGCUCUUACAAAUCGACUGAGUUAACUAUAAUGACUAACACCGAGUAGAUUGUCGCAAUAUCGAAAGCUUUAUCGCUUUUCGUUGCGUCUGUACAAACUCUGUAAGUAACUGUAUAGAAAUUACGUAGAUUAGGGUCUUAGUGCCUUUCGUAUUUGGGCAAACAAUCCUGAUUCUUCAUUCGAGUAGAUCGAUCCUCUUUUAAAGUAUUUUCUUUAACUGUAGAUUGUAGCACGUCCUCACAUACUUAAGUAUAGUUGACAUUGCUAUCAUUACAUACUAUACCAAGUGUAUGGAAUACGUUGUUAUAUUUUCGUAAUCGUAUCGUCUUAUUUUGUGCCAAGGGUAUCAGAUGUUUUCCCUUUACCAAAGAGAAAUGACUAAUCUUGAAAUCACAGCUUUUU